CCUGCUUUUCAGCCGGUUGCGGCUAAUGAGCCUUUGUGUAGCCAUAGAGAGAGAACGAAAGAAAGAUAGAGAAGAGAGAGAGGAACACAGUGACAGACAGGGAGUUAAAGUGAGAAAGACUGUCGUCUUGCAACAAUAAAGCAUAUGGUACUGACAGUGCAGUCAGAGCUGGAAAAUUACAAGUCUCUCUCACACUCUUGCACAUUUUUUUCUCAUGCGCGUGGAGCUCAGGGGUCGCUGCAAGUCAGUGGACUGAAACAAAAUGGGAACCUCUUCAUUUAAAAUCUUUCACCUUUUUUGAGUAGCCACAUUUACGAUUGUGUGGCCGUUCUGCUGUGAGAAGAGGUGAAAGGAGUCACAGUCUGCCAGUGGAUACAGGUGCAGAUGCGGCGGGCCAUGAGUGGAAUACUGAAGAGGAAAUUUGAGGAGGUGGAAGCCUCCUCCUCCCCAUGCUCUUCCUUGCGGGAGUCUGAUGAUGAGGUCUCUUGCAGUGAGAGUGGGGACAGCAGCGACAGUGUCAACCCCUCGGCCUCAGGCCCUUUCACCCCUGACUCAAUACUGAAGAGAGAGAAGCGCCUGCGGACGAGGAGGGUGCAUUUUGAGAAUGUGACAGUGUACUACUUCAGCCGGCGGCAGGGCUUCACCAGCGUGCCCAGCCAGGGAGGCAGCACGCUGGGAAUGUCCAACAGGCACAGCUGGAUCAGGCAGUACUCUCUGGGUGAAUUUGCCCUGGAGCAAGAAAGGAUCCACAGAGAUAUGCUCAGAGAUCACCUGAAGGAAGAGAAGCUCAACUCUAUCAAACUCAAGCUGACUAAGAAUGGCACAGUGGAGUCUGAAGAGGCCAAUGCGCUCACGGCAGAGGAUAUUUCUGACGAUGACAUUGAUCUGGACAACACAGAGGUAGACGAGUAUUUCUUCCUGCAGCCUCUUACCACUAAAAAGCGUAGGGCAUUGCUGCGCACCUCUGGGGUAAAGAAGAUUGACGUGGAAGAGAAACAUGAACUGCGGGCAAUCCGGAUGUCCAGAGAGGACUGUGGCUGUGACUGCAGAGUCUUCUGUGACCCAGAGACCUGUGCCUGCAGCAUCGCAGGGAUCAAGUGCCAGGUGGACCGUAUGUCAUUUCCAUGUGGCUGCACAAAAGAGGGCUGCAGCAAUUCAACUGGGAGAGUGGAGUUUAAUCCCAUCCGUGUCCGGACCCAUUUCUUGCACACCAUAAUGAAGCUUGAACUGGAGAAGAGUCGUGAACAGCAGCAUGCGCCCCCUGCCAAUGGUUACAUUGGCGAUAACAACGACCUGGGAAGCGGAAACCCUCUCGUUCAGUCCCAGCACAGGUUGGAGUACUCUCUCUCAGAGGCUGUCCCACAGACGGCCAGCAUGCACCUGCAGGCCGCCGAUGAGAUGGAGGAGCAGCUAGAUGAUGAAGACGAGGAAGAAGAUGAUGAGGACGAGGAGGAAGAGGAGAACGAAGAGGAUGAAGAGGAUGAGGAGGAUAGUAGCAGUGUUUGCAGCGGUCUAUCUGACUCCAGCACCCAGAGCUUGGCUAACAGUGACUCUGAGGACGAGGAGGACGAUGAUGAGGACAGAGAGAAGUCUGAGAACUUUCAAGACGACAUGACAGCCCUGUCAGUGUCCCAUACUGAGGUGGUCCCCUUGUCCUCAGUGCUGUGUUACAGCGAUGGCUCUGUGGCACAUGAUAACCACAUGAACGGAAACACUUAUUUAAUGAACUCUUCUUCAGCUGAGUACUAUCAGCUGGGGAGCUCCAGCGCCAUCUCUAAUGGCCAAACCAGCCAACCCAGUAAACCCUACAGGGAAGCCUUAGCAUUCCAGGAUCCAGUCAGCCCGACCAACGGCAGCAUGGCCCAAGGACCAUUCAACAUGUCUGCUGAGCAGUACACAGACUACUCUAACCAGGCUGAGGAACAAUACACAGCUAAUCACCCUUUCACUCUGACCAAUGGCGUGCCCGCUGCCCCCGCGACCUGCUACACACCUGACCAGGAGAAAAAGAUGUUGUCCAAAGCAACGUUUGUGGAGCAGCCUAACAACCACAAUCAAACACAGUUUCAAAACUACCUGAACAAUAACACCCAGGGUUCCUACAGCAGCCACAGCUCAUGUACGACAGAUGAACAGCCACAGCAAGAGUCCAGUGUUAAUGGACACUCUGACCUGACCUUACUAGCAAACAGUACUAAGAACCUCCCUUUACCAGACCAUUGCCCCGAGGUCACAGCUAUCUAGUGGGCCUCGUCUUUUGAAGUGUUCUUUCGUCAUUACAUCUUGAGCCUGACCAAGUGGUAUUUUAAGGGAACAUAAUCAUGGCCUUUUAGAAUUAUCUGACCUUAAAUUUCAAAGCAAUGUACAGCGCCGUGGUACAUUCUCAUCUGUAACUAUAAAGCCAUAGGUUCCUGAUGGCAAUGUUUUUGGGUGAAUAAUUUGCCCCUGAAGGUUUCUCCACAACAAUGUGUGUUAAACUGCAAGAUGGAACAGAUCAAAAACAUGUUAAAACAUCAGUUAUGUCAUGCUGUGCAAUGUAUCUUGUAACUUCAGAUGUAAAGUUCUAGUUUUAAGCAGAUAUUGUACUGUAGAUUUUUCUAUGUCUACGUGUCAAAUGUGCAAAAAGGUUUAUUGUCAGUUUAUUUAUUGUUUCUGAAUUACGUGUACACGUAUAUACUGUAAAUGUUUUGAUAACAAUACGCAUGCUGUUUUGGGAAUCUCAGUGACAUUUAGGGGGAAAAAUUGCCAUUGUUUUAUAUAAAAAUGUGUUGUAUACAUAAUGUACAUUUUUCUUCUUCUUUUUGUCACUAUUAUAAGCUUUUCUAUCGUUUUGAAAAGCAUGAAAAAGCCUGAAUUCUUAUUUGUAUGUUUGUAAUACAAUAUCAAUAGCAUACAAUGACAGAAAUCAAUUAACAGCCUUUUGCACUUAUGUGUGGGGUUCCAGUGGCAUGCAGUUGGUUUUAACUGGUAAAAUAUGGCCCCUCACUUGUUUUUCUCCACUGUUCUUACAAUACCGUGAUUUGCAGGUGUCACUACAAAUGAAGGUUUAUUCUUUCAUUGAUACAGGGAUAUUAAUAAAGUAGCACUUUGACAUAUCUCCAAAAGUAUGAGGAGCUCUAUUCAUUAAAGACAACAUAACUCUUUAUCAUUGGAUUAUCAUAAGAGGCUUCGUUUGAAAAUCAGUCUCCAUCAAAGUUCUGUAGACAAAAUAUUGACCCAAAAUAAUGUCAAUAUUUCAUUAAUUAACUGGUUAUUGGAUUUCUGAUUCUGAACGCUGUAGAAACUACAUUACACUGUCCAAUAACUAAGUUUAUUGUUUAUUGUAUGUUUAUUCAUGUGGAUCUGAUAAUUAUGUUGAUUUGUUCUACUGAAGUGUUAAGUGCAAUAGUUUGACAGUUUUUAAAAGACAUUGCCUUUUAGAGGAAAUCCUUGGAAAGCGGACUGAGAUUGCUUUUAAUUGCUUGUCAUGGUACUUAAUAUUUUACCUAAAGCACCAUUAUCUUAAUAAAAAGUAUGCCACAGUUUCAGUAAUUGUAUGUAGGCGUAAAACAAAUGUUCAAGGUUGACAAUCAAGGCCUAUUAUCAAACAUAAUUCAUAUCAGUAAGUAAGAGAUCCACAACUCCUGAGUCACGUGGAGAGCCAUUGAAAAAGACUGAAAAGUCAGAUAUUCAAAAAUUGCUUACCAAAAACCUGUAAGUAACCUUUCAACACAUCUUACAUUUGUGACAAAAAAGGAAAUUGGAGUGACCACUGAACAAUUGGGGGACUGCAAUAAUUUAGUGAGUAAUUCUACUGUAAUAUGUUGCUGAAGUUCUUUACCUUGAGCUGUUUGCGCCUGCAUGAAUACAGAUAUUUGUCCCUCUUCCAAGCUUGCAAAUAUCUGCACACAUUUUAUAAUCAUUUGCAUCAAUAUUGGAGUUUUGGUGGUUUUCUGUGACUGUGGAGUAGCUGGAACCUCUCAUUCCACCUCAGUGGUACAAAAGAAGUGUACAGACUGCUUGCAGGGAAUCAGUGGCAUCAAUAUGGCCUAUAGUACUAAUAUAGAGUAAUUGUGCCAAAGCAUACAGUGUGAGAAGGCUUGAUACAAUGAGACUGCAUCCAGUUAAGAAUCCUGUGUUGGAUUUUUAUGUUCUAGUAUUUAUUAUGAAUGAUAUAUUGAAAUGUGUAUUUAUUGUGGUUUACUAAAAGUCUGUAUUGAGUAAAUUGAUUCACUAUCUUAAAAUUGUCUUUUGUUUCAUGCUGGUUGGGAGUUGUAAUGCUUCAUGUACCUGAUUUAUUUAAUUGUUUUUCUUAUUCUGUGAAAUGCAUACAUUUUGCACAAAAUGGUAAAAUUUUUUCCAUGUAUUUGGUUUUCCAAUUGUAGAUAGGGCCAACUUCAUUUUUGUUUUGUUUUUUAAACAUGGUUUUGAAAUAAAUUAAAACUGCUAAAAAAUUAGUCAAAAUUGU